AAUGUAUAAAAAAUAAGCACACCAUUUAUCUUUCAUAGGAGAGACAUAGAGGUACAAAUCUGAAUCAGCUAAACUUUCACGAAAACAUGCUGUGUUUCUUUUUUUUUGCAGGUGGGCCGCAGCUUUAGCAGUUAGUGGACAGGAGUGGAGGAAGCCAAUCAAAAAGAUAAUAAUAAUUUCGGUACAGGAACUGGUACCGGUACGCCAGUGUCCAAAAAAUUUGGUACUGGAACCGGGUGGCGGUGCCAGUACCUGUUCCCUAGAACCGUGGUGACGGGCAGUAACGGUACGGGUAGCGGCGAUACCGUCUCUGAUAACGGUACAGAACCGGUACCGGGUCCACCCCUAAUUGCCCACAAAUGCCACAAUCAAACCGGACCCUACCCAUCCAUAAGCCGUCAAAUGACGGCAUAAAGAAUCCGUCAACCAUUGAAAUUACAGACUGCCCAAUCUCCAGAAGCUUCUUUAAACCCCAUCAUAAACCCUACUCUACCAUUACUUAACUGCUUCAUAGGCGCAUUUUCCCGAUCGCAGUCUCUUCCCUGCAAAGCUUCAUCAAUCUCUGCUUCAAGCAAAACAAAAUCAUGCACAGGCUCUCUAGGCGAUCUCUCUCCGCCGUGCUGCGCGCUGGUGCCUCGCGUCAACGGAAUGACGCCGCUCUGAAUUCAUCAGCCCGCCUCCUCAAUCAGCUGGUUGGUGAGAAUGGUCCCACAAGCAGAUGUUAUUCAGCCUUAGCUUUGGAAAGACACAGUAGCACAAGAACACUUAGUCCAUACAAUGCAAGUGCAUCAAUGCUUUUUGGAAGCAGGCAUGAAUCAACAUCUGCAGCAUCUGAUACAUCAGGAGCAGUGACUGAGAAGUAUGAGUAUCAGGCAGAGGUUAGCCGUCUGAUGGAUUUAAUUGUUAACAGCUUGUACAGCAACAAAGAAGUGUUUCUACGGGAGCUAAUCAGCAACGCAAGUGAUGCUCUGGAUAAGCUAAGGUUUCUUGGUGUUACAGAGCCCGAGCUUUUAAAGGAUGGAGUUGAUCUUGAUAUCCGUAUACAAACUGAUAAAGAGAAUGGCAUAAUUACAAUCACAGACUCUGGAAUUGGUAUGACUCGUCAGGAAAUUGUUGACUGCCUUGGUACUAUAGCUCAAAGUGGAACAGCAAAGUUUUUGAAAGCUUUGAAGGAUAGCAAGGAUGCAGGAGCUGAUAGUAACCUAAUUGGGCAAUUUGGUGUUGGAUUCUAUUCAGCUUUCCUUGUUUCUGAAAGGGUUGAAGUCUCAACUAAGAGCCCAAAAUCAGACAAGCAGUAUGUUUGGGAAGGAGAGGCUAAUUCUAGCACCUAUAGCAUUCGAGAGGAGACUGAUCCAACCAAACUUAUUCCUCGAGGGACUCGCCUCACUUUAUAUCUAAAGAGAGAUGACAAAGGCUAUGCACAUCCUGAAAGAAUACAGAAGCUUGUACAAAACUAUUCACAGUUUGUUUCUUUCCCUAUAUAUACAUGGCAAGAAAAGGGAUAUACUAAAGAGGUUGAAGUUGAUGAUGAUCCUGCAGAGGGCAAGACUGAUGGGCAAGAUGAGCCGGCUGAGAAAAAGAAGAAAACCAAGAAGGUUGUGGAGAAAUAUUGGGAUUGGGAUCUUACUAAUGAGACUCAACCAAUAUGGCUUAGAAAUCCAAAGGAGGUUACUGCAGAAGAGUAUAAUGAGUUCUACAAGAAGACCUUCAAUGAAUAUAUGGAGCCUCUUGCAUCUUCCCAUUUUACGACUGAGGGAGAGGUAGAGUUCAGAUCUGUCCUCUAUGUGCCAGCAGCUUCUCCUGCGGGCAAAGAUGACUUUAUUAAUGGCAAAACAAAAAAUAUAAGGCUUUAUGUGAAGCGGGUGUUCAUUUCAAGUGACUUUGAUGGUGAACUGUUCCCAAGAUAUCUGAGCUUUGUGAAAGGGGUGGUAGACUCAAAUGAUCUUCCGUUGAAUGUCUCACGAGAAAUCCUUCAAGAGAGUCGCAUUGUUCGCAUAAUGAGGAAACGUUUGGUUAGGAAAGCUUUUGAGAUGAUCCAAGGCAUAGCCUUGAGUGAUGACAAAAAUGACUAUGAUGUGUUUUGGGAAAACUUUGGCAAGUACCUAAAAAUAGGUUGCAUUGAUGAUCGUGAGAACCACAAACGUCUUGCCCCAUUGCUGAGAUUUUUCUCUUCUCAAAGCGAGGAAUAUACAAUCAGCCUUGAUGAAUAUGUUGAGAACAUGAAGCCAGAUCAGAAGGGAAUAUUUUAUAUUGUUUCCGACAGUGUAGCAGUUGCAAAGAACACUCCCUUCUUGGAAAAGCUAGUUGAGAAAGAUCUUGAAGUCCUCUUCUUAGUUGAUCCCAUUGAUGAACUUGCGAUCCAGAAUCUUAAGUCCUAUAAGGAAAAAGAGUUUGUUGAUAUUAGCAAAGAAGAUCUCCAUCUUGGUGAAAAGAAUGAAGAUGAGGAGAAGGAGAUGAAACAAGAGUUUGGUCCCACCUGUGAUUGGAUAAAGAAGCGGUUAGGCGAAAAAGUUGCUGGUGUAGAAAUCUCAAACCGUUUAAGCUCAUCUCCUUGUGUUCUAGUAUCCGGAAAGUUUGGUUUGUCUGCCAACAUGGAAAGGCUGAUGAAGGCCCAAAAUGCUGGCGAUACCUCUAGCUUUGCAUUUAUGAAAAGCAGGAGGGUCUUUGAGAUAAAUCCUAACCACCCUAUCAUCAGAACAUUGAAUGAGGCAUCCAAAAACAGCCCCAAUGAUGAAGAAGCCCUGCGAGCAAUUGAUCUUUUGUACGACACGGCUUUGGUUUGCAGUGGUUUCACUCCCGACAAUCCAGCUGAGCUCGGAGGUAAGAUCUAUGGCAUGAUGAGCAUGGCCCUAUCGGGCAAAUGGGGAGGAGAAGGAGCUUCGCCUGAUUUCCACCAGUAUUCAUCGCCCCAAACACAUAACAUCAUCCCGGACACAGUCGAGGCCGAGGUGGUGGAGCCCGCAGAAGCAGGAGGCCAAAAGUAAAGCUGAGAGUAUGUGACAACUUUCAAUGCUUGAAGUUGCCUCAAUCCUAGUUAAGGAUGUUAUUUUGAACAUUAAGAUGCACGUUUUGAUUGAUGUUGGUGUGUGCUUUAAAGCAGUGUUUUGCAACAUUUUAUUGACCAUUCUUAGAAGAUGACUCGCAUUUGCGGUAUUUUUGGUAGUAUUUAAAAUCAACUACUACUUUCUAU